CCAUCGGACUCUGUCGCACCGUGGUCGGGCCAGGAGCGAGGCAGUCGGCGCACAGCAUCCAGCAGCAGCGCUACUAGCGGCAGCCGAACGGAAAGACUCCCAGGCAAGUCGUGGCCGGUUAUUUGUGUGCUCGCGUACGUGUGAACUAUGCGUGUGCCUCAGCUGCGUGGGUGUGCGCCGAGGUAGCCUACCUGGCGGCGUCCAACACGCAGUAAACCGCGCGCUCCUUCGUAUCCACAAUCGUGAAACCGAAGGGACGGGUGUCGCGUCUCUAUGCUCGUCAACCGCGAUUUUAUAACUUUUCCGUAUUAACCUCGCCUCGAGGUGUUGCGCCAAGAUUUCUCUUGAAAGAGAGCAGUGUUUCUCGCUAGGGUGUCGUGAAGAGUUGUUCGAAGAGUUCGUGUUUCGCGAGUGCGUGCGGAUUCCAAAAUUCGUGUACCCCUCUCGUCAAGUUGGCUCACAAGUGUAUCGUGUAUGUGUGAUUACGCGAGUGCUAGUGGAUGGUUUCGUGAUAAAACGACCGAAAUACGAACAGUGGUAUCGUUCGUGAAAGCGACUCGAUGUAGCCUGUACUGGUGUCGCGACGAAUGCUUCCGCCAGCGAUCGCUGAACAGGAUCACACGUCGGAGAUGCGACGGUGGACCGAUAUCGGUGGAGAGUAAACGCGAGAUCGGGAAGUGUUCUCGACGGUCGACGUUUCCCUGGUGUCAUCGGUAUGCCGACGGACAUCGUGGCGUCGUCGGCCUCGGCCUCGGCCACGGUCACGGAGGAGACGAGCAGAGGUCGAGAGCUGAGCCUUGGGCCGUCACCAAGGUCGGCUCCCUCUUCGACGGGCGCAUCAUCCUCAGGAUCAGCGGCGCAGUCGACCUCGAGAGGCUUCGACCCGUCUAGCGCUUUGGCCGCUUAUCACCAUCAUCGACAUGGUCUGGUCGCUGGAUUGGGCCAUCCUCAUCAUCGCGAAUCCUCCGCAUUUGUGCCCGUGGUACCUUCCAGGCUACACUUGGCACCAUAUCCAGGCGACAUGCAUCCUCACCUGACCGGUCCUCCACCGUCCUCGUCGACCACGUCGAAUCCGGACCACGAGGUCGGUGCAGAACCAUCCGUCCCGAGAAAAUCCUCGUCCAGUUACGAGAUCAUGGCUAUGAUGGCGGACAAGAGGAAGGAACUGGCGGCAAGAGCUCUCUUGCUUCCUCCACCGCCUCUGCUCGAGCCACCGCCUGGUUAUCCGGUAUUCGCUGGCCCUUUCCCGACUGGGUCGGCGCUCUAUCCACCUGGUGGACCCCUCGCGCAUCAACACUUGGAUAGGAGGUUGCUCAGAGCGCCGGGAAGGGCAUCCAGACCUAAGAAACAGUUUAUCUGUAAAUUCUGUAAUCGACAAUUUACGAAAUCGUACAAUUUGUUGAUUCAUGAAAGGACGCAUACGGAUGAGAGGCCGUAUUCCUGUGACAUUUGCGGCAAGGCUUUCAGAAGGCAGGAUCAUCUUCGAGAUCAUAGGUACAUCCACAGCAAAGAGAAGCCCUUCAAAUGCGGCGAGUGCGGCAAGGGUUUCUGCCAGAGCCGUACCCUGGCCGUGCACAAGAUUCUCCACAUGGAGGAAUCGCCCCACAAAUGUCCCGUGUGCGCUCGAAGCUUUAACCAACGCAGCAAUCUGAAAACCCACCUUCUCACGCACACAGAUCACAAGCCGUACGAGUGUACCUCCUGUGGCAAAGUGUUCCGCCGGAAUUGCGACCUAAGGAGACACGCGUUGACGCAUGCAGUCGGUGAUGUGCCACCAGAGGCCCUCGAGGAGGCGCUCAGAGACGACGACAGCCCGGAAGAGGAUUGUCCGGAGCCUGGCUCGUCGUCCUCGGCGUCCACGGUCAAUUCAGCGUUACCAUCCUCGGGCACGAACGCUUCUUACCCUCCUCAAGCCUCGUCGGGACCGCCGCAACCGCCUCCACCUCCAACUUCAUCGUCCACUCUUCCUCAGAGACCUCAACUACAAAUCAGAAGAGAUCUACUUCCAACUACCGUGAAACCGUCCACUGUGACCAGCAGUGGAAGUGGCGGCCACUCCGUCGUUCAGAAUCCUCCAGGCGCAUUACCACCCCCGCCCCCGUUAAUCCUGACUUCCUACAGACGAAGAAUAGGCUCGCCAGGGCCAUCCAGGGUGCUCCUGGAGCUGCAAGAACGCGAGAGGGAGCGAGAACGUGACAUCGAGCAAAGCAGAGAGAGGGAGCGCGAGAGGGAAAGGGAGGAGGAGGUAUCACGACCACCCAGAGCACCCACCCCUCAACCACCACCCCCACCCAGACCUGCUCCUGCCAGGCAAGGAUUCACUAUAGCGGAUAUUAUGCGCCGGUAGAGGGGGAAUCUGUUUUAUCGGUGAAUACCAAAUGAUCGUCUGCUGUGAAAUUCGAUUGGGUUAGGACUGUUUUUAUUGAGCCGUAAGUGAGAUCGUUAUUUGGACGUCAUUUGGAAUAUGGUUCAAGUGAUCGAUUAUUCUUUCGGGAAGGAACUAUUUUCGUAGUUUGGAUGUGGGCGGUGAAAGAUGGAGUGUGGAUAGAAUUUGUACGUGUGAGAUUUUUUUUUUUUGUUGCUGCAAUUCUGGAAGGACGAUGACACAAUUGAAUCGGCGAUGAGCCAUAUUCAUGGUUGAAGUAAAAAUAAGAUACAUUGGGAUGAUUCUAAUUAAUUCAAAGUUUAUUUUAUAGCUGUGCCAUUAUUCUUCCAGACAUGUUGAUAUUCUCUCCGUUUGAAAGAAUUUGCAAUAAAUUUGUUACAUUUUUUUUAUUUCUCUUAUUAU